GGCGGCGGCGGCGGCGGCCCCGCUGCUCUCCCCGGGACCGGCUCUGCCUCCCGCGCCCACGCCUCUCCCAGUCCCCAGUCCCCCUACCGCGACCCCAACCCGGGGCGCGGCCGCAAGCAGCACCAUGCGCCCAGCAGCCCUGCUGCUCCUGCCCUCGCUGCUGGCGCUCCUGGCUCACGGACUCUCCUCAGAGGCUCCAAUCACGGGGGAAGGUCAAGCCACGGGCAUCAGGGAGAUGGAUGGGGAGCUGACCGCAGCCCCUACACCUGAGCAGUCAGACCGAGGCGUCCACUUCGUCACCACAGCCCCUACCCUCAAGCUACUCAACCACCACCCACUUCUGGAGGAAUUUCUUCAAGAGGGGCUAGAAGGGAGAGAGGAAGCUCCGAGGCCGGCACUGCCCUUCCAGCCAGACUCACCUACACCCUUUACUCCAAGCCCCCUUCCCCGCCUCACCAACCAGGACAACCGCCCUGUCUUUACCAGUCCGACGCCAGCUGUGGCUGCGGCACCCACGCAGCCCCACUCCAGAGAGAAACCCUGGAACCCAGAGUCAGAGCCCCCGGAGCUUUACAUCACAUCUCCCCUUCCUCCAGGGCCGAGUAUGGCAGUGCCCACACUGCACCCAGAGGACAGACCCAGCACUACACCCCCCAGCCAAGCAUGGACUCCAACCCAGGAGGGUCCUGGAGACAUGGGCAGACCUUGGGUUCCAGAGAUCAUGUCUAAGACCACAGGGCUUGGUAUCGAGGGGACCAUUGCCACCUCCACAGCUUCAGGGGAUGACGAAGAGACCACCACCACCACCAUCAUUACCACCGUCACCACAAUUCAGCCACCAGGCCCCUGUAGCUGGAAUUUCUCAGGCCCGGAGGGCUCUCUGGAUUCCCCCGCGGUCCCCAGCGUCCCCUCUGAUGUUGGCCUGGACUGUCUCUACUACAUCUCUGUCUACCCUGGAUAUGGAGUCGAGAUCAAGGUGAAGAACAUCAGCCUUCAGGAAGGGGAGACGGUAACCGUGGAGGGCCUGGGAGGGCCUGACCCGCUGCCCUUGGCUAACCAGUCUUUCCUGAUGAGAGGCCAGGUCAUCCGCAGCCCCACCCACCAGGCAGCCGUGAGGUUCCAAAGCCUUCCACUACCCGCUGGACCCGGUACUUUCCAUUUCCACUACCAAGCCUAUCUCCUGAGCUGCCACUUUCCUCGGCGUCCAGCCUAUGGAGAUGUGACUGUCACCAGCCUCCACCCAGGAGGCAGCGCCCGCUUCCACUGUGCCACUGGCUACCAGCUAAAGGGUGCCAGGUUCCUCACCUGUCUCAAUGCCACCCAGCCCUUUUGGGAUUCCCAAGAGCCUGUCUGCAUUGCUGCUUGUGGAGGAGUGAUUCGGAAUGCCACCACUGGCCGCAUUGUCUCUCCUGGCUUUCCCGGGAACUACAGCAACAACCUCACCUGCCACUGGUUGCUAGAAGCCCCCGAGAGCCAGCGGCUGCACCUGCACUUUGAAAAGGUCUCCCUGGCAGAAGAUGAUGACAGGCUCAUCAUCCGUAACGGGAAUAACGUGGAGGCCCCGCCAGUGUACGACUCCUAUGAGGUGGAGUACCUGCCCAUUGAGGGCCUGCUCAGUUCUGGCAGACACUUCUUCGUGGAGUUCAGUACUGACAGCAGCGGGGCAGCCGCAGGCAUGGCACUGCGCUAUGAGGCCUUCCAGCAAGGACAUUGCUAUGAGCCCUUUGUCAAAUACGGUAACUUCAGCAGCAGCGCACCGUCCUACCCUGUGGGUACGACUGUGGAGUUCAGCUGUGACCCUGGCUACACCCUGGAGCAGGGCUCCAUCAUCAUCGAAUGCGUCGACCUCCGUGACCCCCAGUGGAAUGAGACAGAACCAGCCUGCCGAGCCGUGUGCAGCGGGGAGAUCACAGACUCUGCAGGCGUGGUGCUCUCUCCAAACUGGCCGGAGCCUUAUGGCCGAGGGCAGGACUGCAUCUGGGGUGUGCAUGUGGAGGAGGACAAGCGCAUCAUGCUGGACAUCCGAGUGCUGCGCAUAGGCUCUGGGGAUGUACUGACCUUCUACGAUGGGGAUGACCUGACAGCCCGGGUCCUGGGCCAAUACUCAGGGCCCCGUGGCCACUUCAAGCUCUUUACCUCCAUGGCUGAUGUCACCAUUCAGUUCCAGUCAGACCCUGGGACGUCGGCGCUGGGAUACCAGCAAGGAUUUGUCAUCCACUUCUUUGAGGUGCCCCGCAAUGACACAUGUCCAGAGCUUCCCGAGAUCCCCAACGGCUGGAAGAACCCAUCACAGCCUGAGCUGGUGCAUGGCACGGUGGUCACCUAUCAGUGCUACCCCGGUUACCAGGUGGUGGGAUCCAGUAUUCUCAUGUGCCAAUGGGACCUGAGCUGGAGUGAGGACCUGCCUUCAUGCCAGAGAGUGACAUCCUGCCAUGACCCAGGGGAUGUGGAGCACAGCCGACGCCUCAUAUCCAGCCUCAAGUUUCCUGUGGGAGCAACUGUGCAGUAUAUCUGUGACCAGGGUUUUGUGCUCACGGGUAGCGCCAUCCUUACCUGCCAUGAUCGUCAAGCGGGCAGUCCCAAGUGGAGUGACAGGGCCCCCAAGUGUCUCUUGGAACAGUUCAAACCAUGUCAUGGUCUCAGUGCCCCUGAGAAUGGUGCCCGCAGCCCUGAGAAGAGGCUCCACCCAGCAGGGGCCACCAUUCACUUCUCCUGUGCCCCUGGUUAUGUGCUGAAGGGCCAGGCCAGCAUCAAAUGCGUGCCUGGACACCCCUCACAUUGGAGUGAUCCCCCACCCAUCUGUAGGGCUGCUUCUCUGGAUGGGUUCUACAACGGCCGUAGCCUGGAUGUUGCCAAGGCACCUGCCACCUCCAGUGCCCUGGAUGCUGCCCACAUGGCAGCUGCCAUCUUUCUACCAUUGGUGGCCAUGGUGUUGCUGGUGGGAGGAGUGUACCUCUAUUUCUCCAGACUCCAGGGGAAAAGUCCUCUGCAGCUUCCCGGAACUCAUCCUCGCCCCUAUAACCGUAUCACGGUAGAGUCAGCAUUUGACAAUCCAACUUAUGAGACCGGAGUGAGUAUCCAUGUUGGCCUAGAUACCUCUUCAGGACUCGUUCUUUGACCCCUUGGGAGACGAGAGAAUAUGAAGUUUCCAUCUAGGUGGGAGCAGCCUGGGGAUGCAUAUGCAGUCCUGCAUCACAAGCCGGCGGCAGGGCUCCCGGCUCUCUGCUGUCCCUCACCUCCUGUACAUACCGCCUGGGAAGAGACACCACCGACCCCUUCCCCGCCUGCAAUGCCCACAGUGACCUCUUUUCUUGGCACCACUGCCCACUUAGGGCCCUUCUUUGGAUUUGGGGGUGCGUGCCUCAGGUAGAACAUAGCUGGUGCACAUUACCAGCAGCCAACAUUCUGCUUCUCUUUUGCCCUGGACCUCCAGCCCUGGAAGUUGCAGGCAGAGAAGGGGCACGUUUUACACAUAGCCACCAUCCAGCCCUGGCAUGCAAGGACUCCAGAAGAGCUGACUUGACAGCAGGGUGCCUCUCACAGGGCCAGCACCAGAGGUAGAGGUCGAAAUUGUUCUCAACUGUGACCUCUUGGAAGUCCUGGCAUACCAACACCAGCCCCUCAGGGAGGUUUUUAGUUCCUCUCUAAAGGCUUAGAAUAGGACAGUUAAGCCUUCUGCCCUGUCCUGGGGAGGUGAUGACUUUAAGGCAUUCUAAAAGGUUCAGGGACUCUAUCCCAAGCUCAGGUUGGGCCUCACUGGAUACCCAUGCUCCACACCAAAGCAGGACACCCUAUGGCUCCCUGGCAUCCCUCUACCCUGAGGAGGGAAAGCCCUUCCUUGAAAUUAUCUGGCUGUUACAAAUGUCCCUUUUCCCACCUAUGCCUCAUCUAAGCCACUUAUGAUGUUCCCCCUUCCUGCCACUAUGUUAUGGCAUGCCAGGAGAGGGCAGGUACAUUCUGGAGAUGAGCAGAUGUCCAAGGACCCAGGAAUGUGGCACAGAACAGAAGUCAAAAAUCCCCAGGAGGAAUCUCAGUCUGGACCGAAGGUCACUUUGUACAUAUGAUGUAUUAUAUGGGGUCUGGGCUCCAGCCAGAGAACAAUCUUUUAUUUCUGUUGUUUCCUUAUUAAAAUGGUGUUUUGGAAAAAAAAAAGUCAA